AUGAUCUCGGACUCGUAUCCUAUCAAAGAAGUUGAUAAUAUCGUCUUUGAAGUUGACUGCGCUAUGAUCAAUGUAGAUGAUGAUGGCAACGAUCACACUUAUAAUGAGGGCGUUCUAGUCAACAACAUCAUUUACUCUUUCGGUCUCCAGCCUAUGCUAUUUGAUGACAAAAAGUCUUUUGCGAAUUCUUUCAAAAGUUAUCUCAAGAACGUUAAGGGCAGACUUCAGGAGACUGGAAAGGAUCCUGAUUACAUCGCCGAUUUCGAGAAACGUGCGAAAGAUUUCUUCGCUAAAAGAAUUUUUGCCAACUUUAACGACUGGGAAUUUUUCACCGGAGAAAGUAUGGACGUCAAUGGAAUGAUUGUUAUAAAGGGCUUUCGGGAGCUUAGUACCACACCUUAUAUGAUGUUCUGGAAGCAUGGCUUUGAAGAGAAGAUAGUUUGA